GGUGUCUUCCAGUGGUCUUCUAGCCUUAGACGAAGUCGUGUCCGUCCCGAACAUCUGCAACGUCCUCCCAUGCUUUAUUUUUAAAGGAAAACUUGAGGAAAAGACUGACCCAUUCGGUGACUUUCGCGGUCCCCUUCACUGAACCAACUUGAGAACAAAAUGGCAAACGGGUGCGUAAGGCGUGCGAAUCUGCCGAACAGUUCGAGCCCAAAUCUUGAAGAAAGCUAAAAAGUGCUGUUUGAUGAGCCUGCGUAGUAUUGGGUGGUUGGUUAUAAUUUUUAUGCUUUUCUUCGUUGCUUUAAUUUUUAUGCUUUUCUUCAUUGCUUUUCAUGAAAUAUUAUUUUGUUUGUUUACUUUUUAAUCUUUUUUUUUUUUAAAAUGUUGUCAAUGUGUGAUUUUUUCACAAAUAAAAGCAGAAUAUUAUCGAAUAUUUAUUUAUUCAACCCAGCCCUAUGAGAUAUAGUUUUAUCAUUGGAUUCUUUGUUAUAAACUUUUAGAUCAUUUUGAAAUUUAAAAUUUAAAAUCUUAUUUAUAAUUUAUUUUUUCAAAUAAAAUUUUAGCAAUACCACUAAAUUUAUGUUAGGUCAUUUUAUUUUUAAUUUUCAAAUUCCAACAAAAAAUGUCGUGUUGUUUAGAUGUGAACAACCCUUUAUUUAUUUGUUUUUCCUUGUACUGAUAUAAUUAAUUUUUAUCUCAAACCAGGCUUGAUUAGGUAGGUAUUCCUAUAGUUUCAUGUUAAUUUUAUAGAAGCAGAGUAAAAGUAAAAUGGUGCAGGAGUCCAACUGAAAUGACCAGUAGUCCCUUAUCAAUGGGCUCUUAAUUAGGGACACGCUAUUCCUAAAGGUUCUAUGUGAUAGUCCUUACACUAGUUUUGUUUGUUCAAAUCCUUCUUUUUCUUAUUAACCCAAGAAAAAGAAAAAGAAAAAUCCUUCUUUCUUUUUAUAGAUGCCUAGAAAGGGUAAAUGAUGUAUCAAAUUUUAAUUCUAAUAUUUAAUUCUAUUAGCUUUUAUUCUAAAAUUGUAAGAACUUUUUAAUAAAUUUUAUCAGUGAUUAUUUAUUAAUUAUGAUAAAUAAUAUUUUUAUUUUUUUAUAUACUAUAUUUUUUUAUUUUUAAAAUUUUGAUUUUUUAAAAUUUUAAUAUUAAUCGUUACUAAUAACAAUAACCAAUUUAUUCCAUAAAGUUUAAAUUGAACAUUUAAAUAUAUUAUUUGACAAUGACCAAAGCUUUCUUGGUGUGUAUGAUUCUAUACAUAUAUGAAAGGGAGUACAUCGCAUUGUGUCAUUGUGUCAAUCUAUGGGUACUACAUCUUAAUUUCCCUGUGCACUAUUUUCAACAUUUUAGGGAGUUCAAAUACUUUAAUCGUGAAUUGUUUUUUUUGUUUUUUUGGGUGAAUACUUUCAAGUUUCGAUCUUGAAUUUGUGGAAGCUAAAGAACAUAUAUAACACAGGAAAGCUUUGGGCCUCAACCAGUGGGAAAAUUUCACAUCAUCUUGCUAGACUUUUAUUUGUUUAUUUAUUUAUUUAUUAUUAUUUUGUUUGUGACUAAGCAAUGAAUAAAUAAACGCUGAGGUUUUUGAAGCCCAAAUAUAAUGUAUGUUUAGUUUAGGUGGGAAUCCCAUUGUUUACACGUGCAGUAAGUGAGAAAGCAAGCUGUCAACAGCUUAAAGCCGAUAGCAUCAAUUCAACAGCCUUCAUUAUUGACCUUGAUGUUCUGUCUGUUGUUGGAGAAAAACUUGUGUCCAAAUGAUACUAUGACAUGUAUAAAUAAUUGCCAGGGUAAGCUCACCUUUCUGAUUUAAUUUUUUAUUUAUUAAAAAAGUAAAUAUUUUCAUUUAAAUAGAAAAGCAGAUAAAAGUAUCGCCAGAUGAUUUUCUUAUUUUCUAUUAAAAAGAGGAAUUUAAAAAAAAUUAAAAUAAAAAGUGUAAUUUACAAAUCCAUUCCAACAAUACUUUUUAAAUUUAUUUUAAUUUUCAUUAAAAAUAUAUAAAAUAAUAGGAAAUAUAAAAAUAUUUUUUUAUUCUACUAAUUAUCAUAAAUUGAUAAUGAUGCAUAAAAAUAAUAUAAUAUAAUAAAUAAAACUAAUAAAAAGUCCACUAGAGAAGAUUUAACACUUCAAACACUGUUACCAAAAGAAGAUAACAAUUCUAACUCGUUAAAACUUAAGCUUGGUAUAUGCCGUGUUAAUCUUUGCUACUUCAUUUUUUUGUUUUUGUUUUUGUUUUCUGUUUUUAUGUCCAUAUAUAUAUAUAUAUAUAUAUAUAUUAGAAGAGAAGCAAUUUCUUUUUAACAUUCUCAUUAGAGUUGCAAUUUUGUUUUUAUUUUUUGAAAGCUGAGCAUUUACAGUAACCGUGAAUGUAUUUAUCUUCAAUCAAAUAGUUUUGCCUGAAUUUAAUAUAUAUACAUACAUACAUAUAUAUAUAUAUAUAUAUAUAUUCAAACUACCUUAAUGAUUCCAUUUAAUCCGCCAGUAUUGUUUUUUAAGAAGAAACAAGAAAGCAAACGACCAGAAGGGCAAAAACAAGUUUAAAUGCCAAAGACGUAUAAAAACAUCAAUGUUCUACAGGUCCAAUAGGGUAUUCAUAUCGCAUAAACGCGUUAAAAAUCGAAAAAGGAUAAAGAUGAAGUGUAUAUCCACAUUGGACCAAUAAAGAAGUCAAGUAAUUCACCCAAAAAAAAAAAAAUAAAAAUAGAGAAGUCAGGUAGGCUAUACCAAAAAUUGCCAAGGGAAGCUCCAUUCUCUUCAUAACACAGUCCUAUCAUUUGAUCGAAAAAAAAAGAGUAAAAACAUAUUCAUUCUCUCUCAAAGCUUUGAACUCACUAAGCUUUUCUUUCAAGCAAAAAUGGCAGAAAUUAUCCUCUCCAGCGUUGCAGAAGGGAUUCUUGGGAUGUUGGGUUCUCUUGGUGCUGAAGAGAUCAGAUUACUGUGGGGUGUGAAGGAUGAGCUUGAACAACUUCAGGAUACUGUUUCAGCAAUCAAAGCUGUACUUCUCGAUGCUGAGGAGAAGCAGAACCAUAACAAUCAAGUCAAAGUUUGGCUUCAGAGCCUUCAAGAAGUUGUUCUUGAUGCUGAUGACUUGGUGAAUGACUUGUCUUAUGAAGCUCUGCGAAAGAGUCUGAUGCCUGGGAACAACAUGGUUAAGCAGGUACGCACUUUCUUUUCCUCCUCCAACCAACUUGGUUUCAGGCAUAAAAUGGGUCGCAAAAUAAAGGAUGUAAGGAAGAAACUGGCUGCAAUUGGAAAUGAUAGAAUUCACUUGAAUUUGGAGGACCAUCAUGGAGAGACUAAAGUUGUGAAUAGACUGAGGGACCAUACUCACUUUUUUGUAUCCGAGAAAGAAGUAAUCGGUAGGGAUGAUGAUAGGAUUGAAAUCUUAAAUCUUUUGUUGGAUGCUAAAACCAAGGAGAAUUUAUCUGUCAUCCCCAUUGUUGGUAUUGGAGGUUUAGGAAAAACCACACUUGCCAAACUUGUUUUCAAUGAUGAACAAGUCCAAAAACAUUUUGACCUUAGAUUGUGGGUUUGUGUUUCUGAUAAUUUUGAUGUGAAAUCACUUGUUGAAAAGAUCAUUAAAUCUGCAAAUGUGGAACUUAAUACAAAUAAGGAGAUGGAACAAUUGCAGCAAAUUCUUCAUGAAAAAAUAAAUGGAAAACGGUAUCUUCUUGUACUCGACGAUAUUUGGAAUGAGGAGCAAGAGAAAUGGGACUGCUUGAAAAGCUUAUUACUAAAUGGUGUUGAAGGAAGUGAAGUAAUAGUAACUACACGAAGUGAAAUUGUUGCGAGGAUUACAGGCACAAUGAAGGCCUAUGGCUUAAAAGCCAUGGAUAAAGAGAAAUCUCGGGCUCUAUUUAAGAAAAUAGCUUUGGAGCAAGGACGAGAGUCGAAUAUCAGUUCCAAUAUUUCAGAAAUUGGAAAGCAUAUCGUGAACAAGUGCGGCGGAAUUCCUCUUGCAAUAAAAACAAGAGGAGGCUUGUUGCAUUAA